GUAAACAUAACCAAAUCUGUAAUCCUAACCAACAAUUUUCAAACAAAAUGCAUUUAUUGUCCUUUAAACUGUGUAUCUUCCGUAAUUUAGUAAAAAAACGAUACUAUUGGAAUACAUGUAAACCACCUUGGAACAUAAUAUUUUUUGGUAGCGAUAAUUUUUCGGUAUACAGCUUAAAAGCGCUUUGUGAGGAAUAUAAAAGUACUGAAUUGUUGAGUAACAUUGAGGUAGUAACAACGAUCAAAGGAAAACCAAACCCAGUGCAACAGUUUGCCACUGAACAAUGUUUACCAUUACACAAUUGGCCUGUGAAUAUACCAAAAAAUCAGUAUCAUAUUGGACUUGUUGUCAGUUUUGGACAUUUAAUACCUGAACAAGUUAUAAACAAGUUCAAAUAUGGAAUUUUGAAUGUACAUGCAAGUUUACUGCCAAGGUGGAGAGGGGCUGCUCCAAUCAUAUAUGCAAUAGCAAAUGAUGAUAAAGAAACAGGCAUUUCAAUAAUGAGAAUAAAACCAAAACACUUUGAUGUAGGUGAUAUUGUAUUACAAUCAUCUGUUAAAAUCACUGAAGAUAUGAAGAUGCCCGAAUUACAUGAAAAGUUAGCCAAGUUAGGGGCUGGUAAACUAGUUGAAACUUUGCACAAUUUGCCUGAUAAUUUAAGUAAUGCCAAACCACAGAGCAAUGAAAAUGUUACCUUUGCACCGAAAGUGAAACAAGAAUUUGCUCAGAUACAGUGGACUAAAACUGCAAGAGAAAUUUAUAAUCUCGAAAGAUCAUUAGUGGGAUUCUUAACACCCUACACAUAUUGGAAAGAAUUACCUGUUAAGUUGUUUGAUAUUAAAGAGUGUGAAUUUAAAUUUUCUGAUGAGACAAUUCAACCUGGGUUUGUUGUGUUUGAUAAAAGUUAUAAAAACAUAAAAGUUUUUUGUGGAAACAGGACAUGGAUUAGUGUUGAAAAACUUGGUGUUCUAGGAAAGAAAAUAAUGAGUGGUGUUGAUUUUAACAAUGGAUAUUUAAAAAAAGAGAAAAGUGAAAAUAGGUACUUUAAAUAAAAUAAAAUAUUUAUAGAUAA